AUGAGCGCUCAGGUAAUGUUCCUCCGCUGUGUGCAGCCUGAUGGGGAGACAGACGGGAAGUACAGUCUGCCUCCGAUGCCUGACAGCGAGGACAGUGAGGAAGAGAGCAGCCGGGAGGAGCCGCCUGCCGCCAGCUGGAGCGACCUGUCCAUCAUAGAGCGGGUCGGCCUCAACAGCGUGGAGAUGUCAGAGAAGGACAUCGAGACUGCCUUCUCGCAGAUCGCCCUGGCUUUCCGAAGUGAUCAGUACACCCUGAAGCAGAGGCUGCAGGCCGAGGAGCACGCUCGAAACCUGGCCGAGGAGAACGUCCAGCUGGAGCUGACCAGAGGCAGGGAGACCCUGGAGCUGCUGAAGGGCCUGUGUCUGGACAGUAAGCGCAGUAAGAUCCUGCAGAAGCUGGAGCUGUCUCUGGACAUCCUGGGAGGGACGGUGGAACGGAUCUCAAACACAGCAGAGGUGCUCGGCGCUGUGCAUCAGGAGGCUCGGGUCAGCCGGGCCGUAGAGCUCAUGGUGGCUCACGUGGAGAGCCUGAAGAGGCGAUACGACCGCAACGCAGCCGAGCUGGAAGAAGCCAAGAAGACGCUGCAGCAGCAGAACACGAGCAGGAGCCUGGAUCACAGAAUCUCUCCAGAUCAAGAGGAGAAUGAAAUGAAAAUGAAAGCUUCUCAGAGUAACCUUCGCCGACGAGUCAGCAUUUCGCUCAUUCCCUUUCUGAGGUUAUCUCCUGGACCUUGA